AGCGGAGCUUCUUUACGUUAAUGGAGGUUUAGGUUAGUGCAAAGAAGAACACAGGCUGACAUAUUUACAUCAGUCGGCGAUAUUUUGUAAGCAUUUCCAACAUGGAGAUUACAGGUGAAGCGCUGAAUAAUGACAGACUGCAGACUGCGGCCCGUUUUAAAGCGUUCAUGAUGAAGAACAGCACUAAAACCAACUUAAAUCUCUAUGACCACCUCGUACAACUGUUAACCAAAGUUAUGGAUGAGCGUCCUGAGAAUGCAGUUGAUGUGAUGGAGGACAUGAGUCUGCAGCUGAAAGGAAGUGUUCUUCAGGAGAAGCAGGACACUUUGCGUGACAGUCCGUCCUCACCCCUGGCUCUGGUUCUGGCCGAGCAGCAGAAGACGCUCUUCAUGCGCGCAGCAGGAGAUGGAGGAGAUCAUGAGGAGGAGCUGGUAGAUUCUCCUCUACCGAAUGUUGCAGAACUUGCGUUUUUCUUUGAGCAAGCUGGUGUGGGUCUGGGGAGAGAGGAGAUUCAGAGAAUCUUUCUGGCUUUGAAACAACUGGUUGACACACACCUGCUCUUGCACUGUCGAUUCUGGGGCAAGAUUCUUGGGACACAGGGCAACUACCUGGUAGCUGAAGGGGAAUUCAGAGAGGGGGAAGGGGAGGAAGACGAGGGGAUAGAACAGAGUCCUGAGGAAGAGGAGAGAGAGGAGGAGCUGCAGGAGGGCAAGGAUGAAGCAGAGCUUGUGGAGGCUGCUGAUCCGCUGCCCAAAUCUACUUACAAGCCAACUCCUCCAGUGCCAAAAGAAGGAAAUCACACUGGCGCCAAUAAAUUUACCUAUUUUGUGUGUCAAGAGCCUGGCAUGCCGUGGGUCAGACUGCCGGUGGUCACUCCAGCUCAGAUUACAGUUGCGCGGCAGAUCCGCAGGUUCUUCACUGGCAAGCUUGAUGCUCCUGUUGUAAGUUACCCUCCUUUUCCAGGCAAUGAGGCCAAUUACCUGCGUGCCCAGAUUGCACGAAUUUCGGCGGGAACCCAUGUCAGCCCUCUGGGAUUCUAUCAGUUUGGAGAGGAUGAAGGUGAGGAUGAUGGCCUGCGAGACAGCUUUGAGGAGAAUCCUGCCUUUGAGGGCAUCCAAGUAAAUGAGAUGGCUGAGUCUCUGAAUCUAUGGGUCCAUCAUGUACAGCAUAUACUUACACAGGGCCGCUGUGUAUGGGUGAACGUAACUAAGAAGCCUAUGGAUGAUGUUGAAGAAGAUGCAGAGGAUGAAGAACGAGAGGAGGAACCUGAUGAACCAGAGCCUGAAGUCGGGCCUCCUCUUCUUACGCCUCUAUCUGAAGAUGCAAAGCUCAAUGACACUCCACCUUGGAGUUCCAUGAUGUCCUCAAACCUCAUUCCUCAGUUUGCCAUCGCUGUGCUUCGCUCCAAUCUUUGGCCUGGAGCUUAUGCUUACUGUAGUGGCAAGAAUUUUGGAAACAUAUACAUUGGAUGGGGGUUGAAAUUUAUCGGAGAACCCUUUACCCCUGUAAUGCCUCCACCACCCCAAAGCGAGUACCCCAGUGGGCCGGAAACCACAGAGGCUUUGGACCCCAGUGUGGAGGAAGAACAGGCUUUAAAAGCUGCAAUGGAGGAGCAGACGGCGGCUAUGGAGGACACUGAGGAUCUGGAAGAAGAGGAGGAUGAAGAUGAUGAUUAAAAUGGAGGAGUACACGAAAAAUUAAACCUGGAGGUUGGUCAGAUUCUGUGUACGUGCAAUUCAUUAUGUAUGUCCACAUAAAUGAAAAUGUAAGACUUGAGGGAAU